UCUCACUCACUCUCGCAACUUCUACUUGAACGGCGCUUUUCCUGCUCCGACGAUCGUGUGUUUGCUCGACUUCGCCCCUCCCACACUAGCGCGUCCUUCGAAACUUUUCUCGGGCCUUUAUAUAUGUCCCCCCUCGAUAAGUCAACGACCUACGCUCCGCGCUAUACAUAUUUAAUACUCGUAAACAACGGGCAUCAGAUUAUCAGAAGCCGAGCAUGACAGACGUAGUGUGGGAGAGGCAAUUGUUCGUCUAGAAUCGGGAAAUAAACAAGCGGACGAUUUUGACUUCGCGUCAGCAGCUGCGAAGCAUCAGCGUAAAAAGGUUUGUCUUCGCUGUCUGGCGGCUCUGCUGCGCUGCUGGUUGACCAAGCACCAACACACGCCGCGACAUAAGUACGCGCAGCGACAUCGUGUCCCGUCGAGAGCGAGCAUCAGCUUUCUGACGUCGUCGUCGUCGUCGUCGCAGCCGCAGAACGAGUCGCCCGCCGCAGCUGGGCCAUGGGGGACGCAUCGAUGAGCGUCACCGCGUCGGGCGCCAGUCAGCGUGUAGUCAAGGAGGGCUGGCUUUUCAAACGCGGUGAACAUAUAAAAAACUGGAGGUCGCGAUAUUUUGUACUGAGAGACGAUGGCACUUUGGUUGGCUUCAAGACUAAGCCUGACCAACAAAUGGCAGCUGCUGCACAGCCUCUGAAUAAUUUUACAGUUCGGGGAUGUCAAAUUAUGUCUGUUGACAGACCUAAGCCUUACACAUUUGUGAUCAGAGGCUUACAGUGGACAACAGUUAUUGAAAGAACGUUUCAUGUUGAAACGGAUAAAGAAAGAGAAGAUUGGGUCACAGCCAUCAGAUAUGUGGCGGAUAGACUUGCUAAUGAAGAAACCUCUCAACAACAUCUUCAUUCUCAAAUGCAACAAUCUUCCUCCUCAGAAGAUGUUGAUAUGGAAUCGACAGGAGGUGGAAGAUCUGAUUCAAUUAGUUCUCUUGGACUUGGAACGGGUGAUGGCAACAUUGAUGAACUUUCAGCAAAAUUCAGUGUUCAAGGAACAUCGAGUAGUAAAUCAACAGGGAAAAAGAAAGUUACCCUGGAAAACUUUGAAUUUUUGAAAGUUUUGGGAAAAGGCACAUUUGGUAAAGUUAUCCUAUGUAGAGAGAAAGCGACUGGACAUUUAUAUGCCAUCAAAAUUCUCAGAAAAGAAGUUAUAAUACGAAAAGACGAAGUAGCGCACACAUUAACAGAAAACAGAGUUUUAAGAACCACCAAUCAUCCAUUUUUAAUAUCCUUAAAAUAUAGUUUUCAAACCGCUGAUAGACUGUGUUUCGUAAUGGAAUACGUUAACGGUGGAGAGCUUUUCUUUCAUUUAAGCCGAUCGCGCGUUUUCGGCGAAGAUCGAACUAGGUUUUACGGAGCUGAAAUUAUUUCGGCGCUUGGUUAUUUGCAUUCACAGGGAAUUAUAUAUCGAGAUCUGAAACUCGAAAAUCUUUUGCUCGAUAAGGACGGCCACAUAAAAAUAGCUGAUUUUGGCCUAUGCAAAGAAGAUAUAACAUACGGAAGAACGACAAAAACAUUCUGCGGCACGCCAGAAUAUUUAGCUCCAGAAGUAUUGGAGGACAACGAUUACGGAAGAGCCGUAGAUUGGUGGGGCGUAGGAGUAGUUAUGUACGAAAUGAUUUGUGGAAGACUUCCAUUUUAUAACAAAGAUCACGAAAAGCUCUUUACGCUUAUCCUCUUAGAAGCUGUAAGAUUUCCUAAGACUCUCAGUAAUGAAGCUAAGGAUAUGUUAGGAGGACUGUUAAAUAAGGAUCCAACUAAGAGACUGGGCGGUGGCCCUAACGAUGCCAAGGACAUAAUGGAUCACAUGUUCUUCUCGUCGAUAGACUGGAAUGAUCUUUAUCAGAAGAAGAUACCACCACCUUUCAAGCCUCAGGUGACUUCGGAUACAGACACUCGUUACUUUGACAGCGAAUUCACGGGUGAGAGUGUCGAGCUUACGCCUCCCGAUCAGGGCAUCCUGGGCAGUGCCGGCGGCCUCAACUCGAUUGUCGAGGAACAAGAACACUUCCCUCAGUUCUCCUACCAAGAAAGUCACUCGGCGGCCACAUCCUCAAUUUCCAUCAAUCACUGACACGGUAGUCACUUAUCUCCGGCUUGUGCUUUGGUACAUGUGAUCGGAUAAAUCGGAUAGUUGCCUCGGACUCGGUGGCGACGAACUAGUGGAAAUGAAGCGAGCGAAGUGAGAGUGUGACAACUCCGACUUGUAUAUUUCGACUACGAUGGUGUAUCCACGGUGUUUACUGACGAUCGUCUCGCGUGCUUCCUGGCUAGAAAGUGAUCUUGAAGACUGUAGCACUUGUUUUUUUUUCUUCUUUUUGUCAAGGUUAAUAUAAUCUUACGGCAACAAUUUGUCAAUCUUAAAAAAAAAUGUAUUCGUACUGUUAUCCCUUUUUUUGUAAUUUUUUUUUUUAUAGGUUUUAGCUGAUCUUUUUAAUGCAUACUACUGUUGUAAAUAAUUGGCUAUUACUGAACCCCUGUCAUUAAUCUCAUCAAUUUUGGCUUUACCAUAAUUGAUGAAAUGUGAAGCAAUUGGAAGCAAUUGUAAGUCAAAAUUCAUCAAUCAUGGGCAGAUAUGUGUAUUAACCUUGACGAAAAUUGCGAUAGAUAUAAGAUACUUUCAGAGUGUUAUUUUAUUGAUUAUAAAUGUGGAUCUUCAAUGAAAUUUUCUAAUCAGGAAUAAUUAUCAACUAGUGUCGCCUUUUAUAGGUCUGUGAUGCUUUGAAGCUCAUUAGAUAUUUUUCAUCAUUAGAUAUUUUUAAAAACAUAUCCUCCGAGUGGCAGGCUAAUUAUACGAUCACCCUGUGCUAAUUCUUAUAGCAGCAGAGUUGUCCUGAAAUUUUUUUAAAUCAAUGCGCUUGUCAGUUCAAGUAGUUUAUUAUAUAUAUAUAUAAUUUAUUAUGCGUAAUUUCGUUAGUUAUAUGUUGAAUAAUUGUGUCGGUUUUAGUUGAUAUAUAUGUUGUUUGAUUGAAAGAGAUACUGAUCAAUUAACAUUAGUGGUACUAUGAUUUUUUUUAACAAUGUUAUGAAUUAAAUUAAACUUUUAUGACCUAGGUACAGUAAUUUUUAUAUCACUGAAUGAUUGUUUUACGAGAGAUCUAAGUAUUAUUUCAGUGUUAAUUGUAAUCUAUACAUACAUAUACAAAUAUUUUUUAAAAUAAGGUAAAAUGCCCAAUACUUGGACAAAAUGAAAAUUUCGAUCUAUACUUGGACACUCGAAUAUUUGCUAUUGCGAUAAAAUAAAAACCGUAACCUCAAAAAGUAAACUGGAUCAGCAUUGUAAACAUCAUUACUAAUAAUAUACUAAUGAUUUUGAUAACGUUUUAACAAAAGUCAAUUCUCAAGGAUGAUUUGAAAGACUGCGCUCAAGUCCCAUAAGAGCAAUUUUGUUCAGUAUCGUCCAACUUUACCGAAAACGCGAUUUCCAUAAAGCAGUAGUUGAAUACGUUUAAUUUAAACGUCCAACUACUGGGGCUAAGACCGCGUCCAAGUACUGGUUCAACCGUGUCAAAUGAUGUUCAACUAUACCGUGUUUUUAUGCCAAUCUUCAAUAUUUAUUUUUAUUGUAAAAUCUGAUUGUUUGAGGUUAGGUUUUUUUAGAUUGAAAGUUAAUUAUGUCGGCUAAACGUUAGUGUUAAAAUCAUUUUGAUACUUCGCAAUUUAUCCGUGCGAAAUAAAUGAGCUUCUAAAAUUUCCUCAAAAUCUGUCCAUGUACUGGGCCUUUUACCUUAUUUGAUUUUUUGAAAUUUUAAGACCUCUAUUUUUUCUUAAUUGUAAGAUAUAAGUAGUCCAUUUGAAAAUCAUCUUUUCUCUCUAAUCAACGAAGGCAUGAUUUGUGUUUCAUUCUACAACUGCUUGCGCAAAGGGCCAUGGCUGCAAUCAAGUAAUUUGUACAUUAAAAAAACUUGCGUGAAAUCGCCUUUUACAAAUGACAUUUAUAAGUAAAUAUUAUUAUUAUUAUUAUUA